GAAAUUCAAAAGUCAUGCAUGUCAUCCCAAAUGAAAGCAGGACUUGGAGCAACACCACCGCUGUUGGGCCAUUUCUAAACACGUGUGCUUGGGAUAAUCUACCAUGCUGCUUUUAAUUAAUGCCAUUCUAAUCUUCUGGAUUUCUACUACUGGGGUGCAAGCAUCUUCCUACUGUAAUUACCCCAAAAUAGACCACGGAAUUAUAUAUGGUAGAGAGCGCUCGGAGGAACGUUCCCUGGCUACUGUUGGGGAAAUUUAUUAUUAUUCUUGUGAAUAUAAUUUUGCAUCUCCUUCACGAUCCUUUUGGACUCGCAUCAUCUGCACGGAGGAAGGAUGGUCACCAAUACCCAGGUGUCUCGGGCAGUGUUUCUUUCCUUCUGUGGAACAUGGUCAUUCUACAUCUUCAGGAAAAACACACCUGGAAGGUGACAGUGUACAAAUCGUCUGUGAUGUUGGCUACAGCCUUCCUCAUAAUAGUGACACCAUUUCAUGUUUGGAAGACGGCUGGUCUUUUCCUCCCAAAUGCAGUGCCACCAAUAUAGAAUGUCUUCUUCCAAUUUUAAAACCAAAUAUAGAUGUUUACCCAAAAAAAGCAAUAUACAAAGCUGGAGAUGUCUUGGAAUUUUCCUGUGAAGAAGGACUUAGAAGAGUUGGACCAGAUUCAAUUCAAUGCUAUCACUUUGGAUGGUCACCUAAUUUUCCAACAUGCAAAGGGCAAGUACAGUCAUGUGGUCAACCUCCUCAGGUCCUCAAUGGUAAAAUAAAGGGGAUAAGGAAAGAAGUAUAUGGACACGGCGAGACGGUGGAAUAUGAAUGCCCUCCCUACUUUCUACUGACUGGGCCUGCGAAAAUACAGUGCAUCGAUGGAGAAUGGACAAAUUCGCCCACUUGCGUUGGACAAGUUAAAGCAUGUGGCCCUGUACCUCACCUCGAGAAUGGCUAUGCCCAGUUCUCUAUUCUUCCCUUCCAACAUGGUGUUUCUGUGGAGCUGAAAUGCAGAGAUACAUAUACAAUGAUUGGAAAUAAUGUAAUUACCUGUAUUGAUGGAAUGUGGACUGAACUUCCUAUGUGUGUUGAAACAAACCAACUUAAAGGGUGCAGAAAACCAACACUUCAUCCACGAAUACUGAUGAGACCAAAUCUGAGUGGAUAUGAUCAUAGUACCAGAAUAUAUUACAAUUGUCUUCCGAAGUUCAAACGCAUACAAUCAACCUGCAUCAAUGGGAAAUGGUAUCCCGAACCAAACUGCAUAGGAAAAUGGAGAGAAUUCUGCCCACCUCCACCUCAGAUACCUAAUGCUCAGAAAAUGCUAACCACAGUGAAUUAUCAGAAUAAAGCAAAAGUAGCCAUUCUCUGCAAAGAAAAUUAUCUACUUCAUGGACCAAGAGAAAUUGUGUGUAUAGAUGGACAAUGGCAGUCCUUACCACAGUGUAUUGAGUCCACACUAUAUUGUGGUCCCCCUCCACCUGUUAGCAAUGGAGACAUCACCUCAUUCCCAUUACCAGUAUAUCCUCCAGGAUCAACAGUCCAGUACCGUUGUCAGUCUUUCUAUGAGCUUCGGGGCUCCAUAGAUGUAAUAUGCAGAAAUGGACAGUGGUCAGAACCACCAAAAUGCCUAGAUGCCUGUAUAAUUUCUGAAGUUAACAUGAACAAAAAUAAUAUACAGUUUAGAUGGCAAGACAUCAAAAAACUUUAUGUGAAAACAGGGGAUUUUGUUGAAUUUGACUGUAAAUUGCCGUAUAAAGCGAAGACAUCAAAGGAAUCUUUUCGGGUAGUCUGUCAGGAAGGGAAAUUUGAAUACCCCAUGUGUGAAUGAAACCAGUGUAGUUCCAUUGAAUAUAAUUUUAAAAAGUAGUCAUACAUGGGGCGCCUGGGUGGCUCAGUGGGUUAA